AUGCAAUAUUUGACAGUUCUAAAAAAUACAACCGGAUUCCAAUUGGGAACCUGUUGGGCCGAAGGUCAUUAUAUUUUCAUAUAGGUGGCAUACAAGUUCUGGAUAUUGUGUGUUUAUAGAAUUAUUAUUAUUUCACCGAAAUGUCCGCUUUCCUGCAAGCUGCUCGUUCGCUUUGCGCCCAAUCGCGUAAAUUCAGUUCCAAAAUACAUGAUGUGGUCAUUGUUUCCGCUGCUCGUACACCAAUUGGUAGCUUUCAAAGUCAAUUGGCUCCAUUGUCGGCGACCCAACUAGGAGCUGUAGCAGUUGAGGCUGCCGUACAGCGCGCUGGCAUCAGCAAGGAUCAGGUAGAUGAAGUUAUUAUGGGUAAUGUCGUCUCUGCCGGUUUGGGCCAAGCACCAGCACGCCAGGCAGCGAUUUUCGCCGGCUUACCUAAGAACGUGUGUUGCACAACAGUGAACAAAGUGUGCUCUUCUGGCAUGAAAGCGGUCAUGCUGGGUGCACAGUCGCUGAUGCUCGGUCAAGCAGAAAUUGUAGUUGCCGGAGGCAUGGAAUCCAUGUCAAAUGUGCCAUAUUACAUGAAACGCGGUGCCACACCAUACGGUGGCAUUCAACUCAUCGAUGGUAUUGUCUUUGAUGGUCUCACGGAUGUCUACAAUAAAUUUCAUAUGGGCAACUGCGCUGAAAAUACAGCGAAGAAAAUGGGUAUAAGCCGCCAAGAACAGGAUGAGUUCGCUAUACAAUCCUAUAAGCGCUCUGCGAAAUCAUGGAGCGAAAAAGCUUUUGACGCAGAAAUCGCACCCGUGAAAAUACAGUUGAAACGAAAACCGGAAGUGGUUAUCACCGAAGACGAGGAAUUCAAACGUGUCAAUUUCGACAAAUUCGGCCAACUGUCGACCGUAUUCCAGAAGGAGAAUGGUACUGUGACAGCCGGCAAUGCUUCCACGCUAAAUGACGGCGGUGCUGCCACAGUGCUAAUGACUGCUGAAGCCGCCGAACGUUUGAAACUGAAACCAAUUGCACGUAUUGUCGCCUUCCAAGACGCCGAAACAGAUCCAAUUGAUUUUCCCAUUGCUCCCGCUUUUGCUGUGCCUAAACUCUUGCAGCGUGCUGGCGUAAACAAGCAAGAUGUAGCAAUGUGGGAAAUCAACGAAGCCUUCUCGCUGGUAGUUUUGGCCAAUAUAAAGAAACUCGACAUCGAUCCAGCCAAAGUGAAUAUACAUGGUGGUGCUGUGUCUAUUGGCCAUCCAAUCGGUAUGUCCGGUGCCCGUUUAGUGACGCACUUGUCGCAUGCGCUGAAACCUGGUGAGUUCGGAUGCGCUUCAAUCUGCAACGGUGGCGGCGGUGCCUCCUCGAUUCUUGUGCAAAAGCUAUAAGAACAAAAGGUCUGAUGUUAAUAAUACUAUAACAGGAAAACCAGAAGUGCAUUUAUUUUUAUAAUGUUUUGAUUACAAAUCGAUUUAAGCUAAAAGCUAUUUACAUUAAAGUGUUUGUUAAAUUUAUUUUUUUAUAAUGUUGCAACAACAAAAAGUCAAUUAUUGAGUAAUAAACAAAUUUGCAAAGCAAUAA